UGGGGCAGCCCAAGAAUGAGCCCAGCCAAGCCCAGCCCAAUCACCUUGAUGGGAGUAUUUGAGUUCCCGUUGUAUGACUUGUAUUUGUUGGAUGACAUGAAAUUGUAUAGAGAAAUCCACCAUGGCCAUGGCCUUUGCCUUCUCAAUGAAACCCAUUCUCUGCGUUCGUUUUCUUCAUCACCGCAUCCCGCCGAUUUAGUCUCCGCCGCCGCUUCCAUUCUGAAGCACCACCGCUCCAAAUCCCGGUGGUCCCACCUCCGCUCGCUCCUCGCCACCACCAAAGACAACCGCCUCACCCCAUCUCAAUUCUCUCAAGUCGCCCUUCAAUUGCGCAACAACCCGCAUCUCGUCCUCCGCUUCUUCCACUUCACCCUCCAACACUCUCUCACCUCUCAUUCCCCCUCCUCCUACGCCACCGCCAUUCACAUUCUCUCUCGCUCUAGGGUCAAGCUCCACGCCCUCAACCUAAUUAAAUCAGCCAUAGUUGCCUUCUCCGAUGCUCAGCCGGGAAGCGCUAUUGUACUUCUCGAGGCACUGGUAAAAGCUUACAGAGCUUGCGAUUCUGCACCCUUUGUGUUUGAUUUGUUAGUCAAAGCUUGCUUGGAGUCAAAAAAGAUCGAUCCUGCGCUUCAAAUUUAUUCAAUUUUGAAGUCUAAGAAUGUGUUACUGAAAACUAGCACUUUGAAUUCUUUGAUUGAAUUGGUGUGCAAGACCCGCAGUUGUUUUGCCGGAUAUGAUUUGUAUAAAGAAAUAUUUCAUAACGAUGUUGAUAAUGAAGAUAAAAGUCGGCCACGUGGCAAGGAAAACUUUCCAAUCUCGAACACGUUGAAUGUGGUUAUGGUUGGUUUCUACCGGGAGGGGAUGGUGGAUAAGGUGGAGGAGGUGUGGCAAGAGCAUGUGAGAGUUGGUUGUGUGCCAAAUAUGUAUAGUUUUAAUGUGUUGAUGGCUACAUAUUGUGAUCACGGACGAAUGGAGGAUGCAAUUAGAGUAUGGGAGGAAAUGGAGGAUAAAGGUUUGAAGCGCGAUGCAGUAGCAUAUAACACCAUUAUUGGAGGGUUUUGCAGAGCAGGAGAUGUUGAGAGAGCAGAGGAGAUAUAUAGAGAAAUGGUGAUGCAAGGUGUGGAGAGUACUUGUGUUACUUUUGAGUAUCUCAUAAACGGGUAUUGUGAAAUUGGGGAUGUUGAUUCCGUGAUGAUGUUGUACAAGAAUAUGUGUAGGAAAAAGUUCAGCCCUAGCAGUUCUACUGUUAAUGUUAUCAUUAGGUUGCUUUGUGGUAAGAAUGAAAUUUCUGCAGCAUCUGACUUUUGGUGGAGGGCUGCAAAGAAGCACGAGGCUGCUUUAGAGAGGGAGAAUUACGAGAACUUGGUAAAAGGUUUGUGUGGGGAGGGGAAGAUGGAAGAGGCUUUGAAGCUUCAGGCAGAGAUGGUCGUGAAGGGGUUUGAACCAAAUGUAGGCAUAUAUGGUGCAUUUAUCGAUGGCUAUGAUAAACUAGGGAAUGAAGCCAUGGCGAGUAAAUUGAGGAAAGAAAUGCUUGAUAAAGAAACGUUGUCUGAGUAGAAGUUGGUCAUACAAUCAAAGGAUGAAGCACCUUCAGCCUGGUGGGUUCUCUGUAAUUCGCACGAAUACUAUUAUAUUGCUUUAUUUAUUGAAUGAGUUGUUUUAUACAAUUAAAGCAGAGGUUACCCUAAGUCUUCACUAUUACAUCCAUGUUGAUCCCAUUUAUUGUUGCAUUGCAGUACUACUUGACAAUACAUGUUCUCAGUUAAACAUAGAGGUGAUAGUUACAUGAAUUAAUAUUACUACAUGAAUUCUAAGCAGUAAUGGCCCAAGCAAGAGCAAAUAUUUAUAUAUUAUUUCCAUAUUUUCUUUCUCUAAAUCAAUAUUUGCACGCAUGCACCGCAUAGCUCUAUAUGAUUUCAUGUAAGUUCUUGUUAUAUGUGUGUAUAGUUAGGCAGGGAGUAGUGAGAAAUAUGAGGAAUAAGUCUAGUCCUUGUUAUAUGUGUGUAUUAGGCAGGGAGUAGUGAGAAAUAUGAGGAAUAAGUCUAGUCCUUGAGUUUUCCAAUGGUUAUGCUGCCAAUUCAUUUUUCACAAAUGAAUUUUGGUAUAUUUAACUAUCCAGUGGUGGUAUACACCAGUGGUUUGCAGAUCUAUUUGUUGCAGUAUGAUGUUAAUUUUGUGUAUGUGAAAUUUGGGAUGUUAAAUAUCACAGCUUAUGAAUCAUCUUCCAGUGCAUUGACACUUGUGCAGCAGCGGUCUCCGGUAAUUAAGCUGCUAAUGGAAAGAAGCAUGUCGUCAUACUUUCCAGCUUAGAUUUUGGGUGAUGGAGGAAUAUUGAUAUGUCAAGUGGUUUGCAGAUCUAUUACUUAUCUAGUUCCAAUUUGGAUGGAACUGAUGCUGCAUGUGAAAGCCUUGGGUGGAAAAGACAGCAAGAUUAUGAUCCUGCCCUGAGAACGUGGAAGUAUCUUGAUACAUUAGCUCAAGAAGUGCCCGUACCUGAAGAAGAUUCUCCUUUGGAGGAACUGGGUGAUGAAGAUUACUAUCCAAGUUUGCCUUUUGCUGCACUCUUUUCAUGCUUUAAGGCUAAAGGGUUAAAGGUUACUUGCUUGUUCUGUUACUGCUCGGAGGGAGACAAUAUACCUGAAGCUUUCUCAAUGGCUGAGGCAGCAAGCAAACUUGUUGGAUUGAAUGACUUUCUGGGCGAUGACAGUGGUGCUGGUAAAUGGAUCGCACCGUACUCAUGGCAGAGCGUAUACGGUCCCCCAGCAGACAUGACUCUUUUCUAGGCAGUGUCUCAAUGUAUUUACCUUUUCUGUCUUGUUACUGACAAUGGAGGUCUCAACUUCUAUCGAAAUUUGACGAGUGAAA